AAUUGAAACCGACCUAAAGCUCCUCUUUAAUUAUUCUAAAAAGGUAGAUCCGAUUAUUACUGACUUAAGCAUCAAAGUGUUUACCCCGAUGACCCACCUCAGGGCUUUGCAGGCUCAACCUCUUGGACAAGGUCAAAGUCAACCCCCCAACAACCUUCCACUUCACCUCCCACCUUCGAUCCCGAAUCUAUUCCCUCAUGUUGACCGAGCAGAGGGUGGAGAUGAAAACCAACCUCAUAACUUAGCUCACAACUCAACUUCCACUACUAAUCAAGAUGUAGUUACAACUCAACUUGCUGCCAUGCAACAACAAUUUGGUGUCUUCCAGUUAGUUUUGGCUCAGCUUCUAGCUCGGAAUAAUCUUGGCAAUCCCCUCAUCAAUCUACUCAACCCUACUCAACAACCCCCUGUUCAACAGCAAGAUCCUCAACCAGUUCAGCAUGCUCCUGCUCUCAGUGAGUCUCAGGUUCAGUCUCACGUAGCCCCAGCUCAAAAACCUCUACCUGAUGAUGUCACUCGAUGUCUGGACAGUUUAGAAAAACUGGUAGCUGACUUCAAGAUACCUUGGCUUGAGACAUAUGAUGGGAUGAAGGAUCCACAUGAUCACCUCCAUGCUUUCUACUCUUGUAUCUCCCGUUCAGAAAUGGCAUCUGCUUUUGCCACAAAGUUUUCCAGUAGAAGGUUGAUUAGGAAAACCACUUCAGAACUGAUGCGAGUCAAACAGAGGGAAGGAGAAUCUCUGAAGAAUUACAUGAGCCGGUUCAACGAUGCAGUCCUCGAAGUCAGCUCAUUCAACCAAACUGUGGGAAUUGCGGCUGAUAGAACCAAACCGUUUAUACUAUCGGGUAUCGAUUCAACCGAUUCGACCGGCCGGUCCGGUCCGAUUUUCAAAACCUUGCCUGUUGCUACUUUUAAUGAAGUCAACGACAGAUCAUUGAAAUUCAUAACUGCUGAGGAAUAUACCCUAUCACAGAAACCAGUUCUUCCCAAGAAUCAAAAUCCAAAUUGGAGAGAUGAGGGUCAAAGCAGAAAGCGGAUGAAGACAACGCAAGACCGAGGUCCGAUGUCGACCUCUACAACGAGAUUCAGAUCCGAGCAACCGAAGUUUGUUAAAGAACAAGGGCCACAAUCGCAGGGAUCUCGUAACGCAGGAAAUAGACAAGGAGUGGGAUAUCAACAAGCUCCACCACCGCUUCCGCCAUUGGCUAGAAUUAUACACAUGAUUACCGGAGGAUUGGAAGCAGGGGGUUUGAGCUCCAAACAGAGAAAAAUCCGACCCGCAUUAACCAAGAUCCGAGCUGUGGUCUCUCAAUUUCACCCCUGCAUGAAGUUCCCAACUCCCAUGGGGAUAUCAAUACUACGAGGUAACCAGGAGGUGGCUAGACAUUGCUACAUUACCUCGGUUACAAGGCCUCAGAAAGGCAAAGAUCAGACACUAGAAACCAUUCCCCAACAUGUUCAUGAUAGUCAACAGGUAAUGGGAGUUGAGAUAGUAGACAACCGACUUGAAGUUGAAACUAGAGCUACCCCAGUUGAGGAUGUAGAAGAAAUGCAAAUUGAUGACGGAGAUCCAAACAGGAAAACACAAAUUGGAACUCAGUUGAACCCAAAGGAAAUAGCAGACUUAAUAGCUUUCCUCCGAGCUAACAAAGAUGUCUUCACUUGGAUCUCGGCAGACAUGUCAGGGAUCCCAACCUCAGUUAUAAAAGAAGAGGUAGAGAAGCUCCUACAAGCUAGUUUCGUCAGAAGAGUUGAUUACUACGAAUGGGUGGCUAACCCGGUGUUGGUCAAAAAGGCAAAUGUGGCUUCUAAAAAUGAGAGAUUAAGUUUCUUGGAUGCAUAUUCUGGUUACCACCAGGUGCCGAUGGCUCUAGAAGAUGAAGAGAAACCCUCGUUCUAUGCAGGUGAUGAAAUUUAUUGUUAUGUCAUGAUGCCAUUUGGCUUAAAGAACGUAGUGAAGAACCUGAAAGCAGAAGACCAUCUAGCUGAUCUUGAUGAAACAUUCAACAACCUCAGAAAGAACAGGAUGCGGUUAAACCCAGCCAAAUGCAUCUUCAGUGUGGAGUUUGGGAAAUUUCUAGGCAUCAUGGUUUCUCGGAGAGGGAUUGAGGUCAACCCGAAAAAGAUCAGAAUCGCCGAAAUCAUGAGGUCAGCAACCCAGAAGGAUGAAUCUGGCAAACAGAAGAAGUUUGAAUGGAACCAAGAAUGCCAAGCUGCAUUCGAUGAGCUGAAGUCUUAUCUUAGCUCCCCACCUCUACUGACUAAGGCUAUAGAUGAAGAAAUUCUUUAUUUGUACCUUGAUUCACUUUCUAAGUUUGCUUCUGAUAGCUCUUUAAGCUCCAAAUUAGUUUUCAUGGAAGUUCUAGAUGAACCAAGCUUCACGAAGCCACGAAUGAUGGAGAUCAGCACAGACCCGGAUACACCGAGUUGGACUAAUCCAAUUAUCUCCUUUUUACGAGACGGGACAAUGCCUGAAGACAAGCAAGAGGUAAUGAGGUUAAGGAAGAAAGCGUCUCGAUAUACAUUCGUCGAUGGGGUCCUCUAUAAGAGAUCUUUCUCACUCCCUCUUCUACAAUGUUUAAAUCCCUACGAAGUUGAGUACGCACUUCGGGAUGUGCAUGAAGGUAGAUGCCCAAAGUGCCAAUUCUUUGUACAUUUGACUCACCAACCAGCAAAAGAGCUCAUGAACUUGGUAGCACCGUGGCAUUUUGCUCAGUGGGGACUUGAUCUUUUAGGCCCAUUCAGGAAAGGGGUUGGAGGUGUAACCCAUCUGAUUAUUGGAGUUAAUUAUUUUAUGAAAUGGGUUGAAGCUCGACCAUUAUCCAAUCUUACCUCCAGAAAGGUCAAAGACUUUGUUUUUGGCUCGAUUAUCUAUAAAUAUAAGAUCCCGAACCAGAUUGUGGCUGACAAUGAGUCCAAUGGUAUAGUAGAAUCUAUUAAUAAAGCUAUCUUAGAAGGAAUAAAGCCAAGGUUGGAGCAGCAUAAGGCCAGGUGGGCAGACGAGCUCAACAACGUCCUUUGGGCACAUAGAACUACGAGCCAAAUUACCACAUGUGAAACACCCUAUCACCUAGCCUUUGGUACCAAAGCAGUCAUUCCUAUUAAAAUAGGUGUCCCAAGUUUCAAGGUUAGCCUAACAGGGUUUGAAACUCGUUUUGGCAAACUGGCCCCGAACUGGAAAGGCCCUUACACAGUGGCCAAAGUGCCACAUCCUGGUGCCUAUAUCCUCCAAGACGUUGAAGGGAAGCAAAUUCCUAGAGUUUGGAAUGUCAAUAACGUGAAGAAAUUUUACCCUUAAUAAAUUUCUUUCAAGUGUCCUUCGUCUUAUUCUUCUUUAUAAUUAUUACUUCUUCAUUUUUGAGAUUCAUUUCAUCUGUUAUUCUGUAUAUUUGAGGUCAAUCUGUCUAGACUCUAUUCCUUGGACUGCACUUUUAUUAAUGAAUCUCACUUCACAUU